AUGACCGAGUCGUUCUGGCUCUGCGACGCUCGGCGGAGAAAGUACGAGAUCGUGCUCGCCACCCGCUUCUCUGCGAUCUCCUCCCACUUCUCGGCGGCCGUCUUUUCGACCUGCGGCGUCAACUUCUGGUCCUCCAGCUCUCCACACACGAUCACCUCCCUCCACCUGCGCAUGUUCGAGAGGGCCUUCGCUUUCGUCCAGUUCAACACAGCCUUCGAGGUGUGCACCGGAUGUCCAUCACCGGUCAGCACCAAGCAUGACUGUGCGCUAUAUUGGUUCACCACUACGCUGGUGGCGCUGUAA